UGUGGUCUCCAGCUAUGAUGUCGGUCUUUUUCCUAAGCAUGACUCUAAUAUGCUUUAUUAACUGUCUUGAUAUUUACAGCAAAUGUUGAAUGCGGUACACUGCGUCGACAGUGCUAUUUCGACAAGGAUUUCCACCUUAAAAAAUAGAUAUAUUGUGUCGGAAUCGUUGCACAAAGACUCAUUAAAUGCAUGAUACGCUUUUUAAAAUGGUGUCUGUGUAUUAUGGAUAAGAUCUACUUUGUUCAUUCAUACAAGCCGGCGUUAAGUUUGAAUGACAACGGUGGGCAUUGUCGUGUUGAAAAGGCUCUCCUAUUUCACGAACAUGAAACUUUCGCAUUUUGUGUUACCGUGCAAAGCUACAAGUGAGGGACGACAUGUUUCUACAUCUUGAAUAUUUAAUUAGUCACCGGCGUCCAUCAUUGUUAUCAUUGCAUUUGCGUGAAAUGUAUUAAUGGUCUAUUUCGUAGCUGUAGUCUAAUGUAUGUUUCCCAUACGUUAACAUUGGAGCAGCCUUCGGCGUCAACAUAGAGUAGAACACUUCCGGGAAACCUUUCAAAAGAAAAGCAUUACGGUCAUAACAUGUUUUUAGGGAACUUCUAAAUGUUCAAUCUUCCCAUGCAGCCCUCUUUUAUCAUAUUUUAUAAAUACACUUUUUCAGAAAACAAAAGAAUGGAAGCUAUGUUACGAUAUAAUAAUAUAGGCCUAACAAUUAGUCAACUAUAAUAUUUGAAUACAUGAUUUUGACAACAACAUGCUUCUAAUUUAGAGGCCUCAUUUUUCUAUCACAUAAAAAAGAAUGAAACCGCAAGUUUAAACUAUUAAACACAAACUUUUUGAACAACAUUACGGAGAAAAACUAUUUUACCAUUGCUUUUUGAGUCUUUGAAUGUUCUUGGCAUACAAGUUUGAACAAUUAGUGUACUGAAUGUAAUGUUAGGGCAUUACUGAAACACUUUGAGGCUUUUCUAUUCUGGGGUCCAUUAAACAGACUUUACAUAGAGGCAAUACAACAAAAACAAACUAACAUUGUAACCAUAACAUUACAGAAUGAAGUAGGCUAGGACCAAACUAAAACACACACACUGAGAUGAACAUACAUAACAUUACAGAAUAAAACACGAAUACACCUACACGCAUAAAGAGUAUAAAAUGGCAUUACAACAUACACAGGACACAACUAGAGACGUAUAACACCAGCUCCUGACAAUUCAAUGAUCAUUAAUGUGAAAUAGUCACAUGUCUCAAACGGUACAUGUUGCUCCCUCAAACAAAUUGCGAUUUAAAGUUAAGUUAAAUAAAGUUUAACCCGUUUAUUCCGUGACCAAUGUCUGCUGACUUCCUGUAUCGUCCUGCCCGCGCUGUCCUAUGUUUUCAUAGUUGCGGAUGUAGCCCUGGUAACCCGACUAGACAGACAGGUAGUGAUGCGGUCCGAGGUCCGCGGCGGAGCGAUCUGCGCGACGACAAAGACGAGAUGUUGUUAGCAGGGAGAUCCCAUUACAGAGGACGCAUGUUGUAAUAUGGUCGAAACAAAAGCGUAAGAAGCGGUAGGCCUUCCACAAAAAUAAGCCUUAAAACCCAAUCGCAGUAACUUUAAGUGGAUAUAUAGGCUACUCGCGUGGGAAAUGGAGAAGAAAAGGUGGGAUUGCACUGCUCUCCCCAAGGGCUGGAAAAUGGAAGAAGUGACCAGAAAGUCGGGUUUGUCAGCUGGAAAAAGUGAUGUCUAUUACUUUAGUCCAUCAGGGAAGAAGUUUCGGAGCAAGCCUCAGCUGGCCCGUUACCUUGGAAACCAGAUGGACCUCAGCUCCUUCGAUUUCCGCACGGGGAAGAUGCUGAUGAGCAAGCUGAACAAGAACCGCCAGAGGCUGCGCUACGAUAACAACAACCAGAACAAGGGUAAACCUGACUUGAACACGUCGCUCCCAGUAAGACAGACGGCCUCCAUCUUUAAGCAGCCUGUUACCAAGGUUACCAACCACCCAAACAACAAAGUGAAGACGGACCCUCAGAAAGCUGUGGACCAGCCCCGACAGCUGUUUUGGGAGAAGAAGCUCGGCGGUCUCAAUGCUUUUGACAUUGCAGAGGAGCUGGUGAAAACGAUGGAACUGCCUAAAGGCCUUCAAGGUGUGGGUCCAGGCUGCACAGAUAAGACCCUCCUGUCGGCCAUCGCCAGCGCUCUACACACCAGCGCCGCUCCCAUCACCGGCCAGCUGUCUGCAGCCGUGGAGAAGAACCCUGGAGUCUGGCUCAACACCACACAGCCGCUCUGCAAGGCCUUCAUCGUCACUGAUGAGGACAUCAGGAAACAGGAGGAGCUGGUGUACAGUGUGAGGAAAAGGCUGGAGGAGGCCCUGAUGGCCGACAUGAUGGCGCAUGUCGAGGAGGCUUCCAAUGACGACGAGGCUCUGAAGGACGACGGCAGCGAAGAUAUGGAGAGUGUAUAGCACAGGGAUUUGUUCAACGCCCGCACACAUGAUCAUGAACAGUGGGAGUCUACAGCAGUCCUGCCCUGAUGAACUGUCCCCGAGUAUCCCAGUCCUGAACGACCUAAAGAACGGUCUUCCCCCGAGCCAAAAACCCCUGGGAGUCUCAAAUGCACCUAUUCAUUAUUAACUCCACUAGAUGAGACUCCUUGACUUCAACGACAAUUAAAUUACAUAUAUAUGAGCUGACAUUUUAAAAAAUUCCCUUGAACUUUCAAAUAUUAAAAAUAACUUAUCUACAGUGUGUCAAAUUCAGUGUUUUAUGAGAAGCGUAUUUUUUACCGAGAGGCUUUGAAUGGGUUUGUAUUAAUUUAGUGACAGUCAGAUCCAAAAAAUGUACGUCUGGAUGUUUCUUCUUUUUUAUUUUAUUUUUUAGGGCAGAUGGAAAUGAAUGUUUUGUAUUUUUGACAUGUCUCUUUUUCUUUUUUAUUAAUUGAACAGUGCUCUCCAAGAGUUGUCUGGCACAAAACACAAUGUUUUCUAGUCAAACCAGUUGAGCUGUAACAAUAAUAAGUUAAUUUAAUGGGUGCCAGCCUGCAGUUCGGCUGUUGAUACUAAUGCAGACGUUGUAGUUUGAAUCCUGUGUUGAUCCAUCGGAGGGCACAGUAAAGUUUUUAUUGUUGUAGCUUCAAGGAAAUCAUGUACUUUAUGACAGCUGUGUCAUCCUGUGAGUAAUGGUUAUUGACCAAAGAGGUCGUUUGGAAGAGGGUUGUUUGACAUGUAUGGUCUGCUUGGUAUUUUUACCGUGAGCGAUUAUAUUGGCUAUGCCGUUGUAAAAUUAAUAUAAGGAAAGUAAGACAUGAGUGGGAUGAGCACAACGGGAAAUAUAUAACUUAAAGCCCCUUAUUAUAGGUGCUACUGAUGUUGUAAAUCAUGGUUGUUUAGGUUUUGUUUCUGUCCGAGUCAAUCCAGGUUUUUCUUUAUUGUUUCAAUGUUACCAGCAUAGAAUAUAUGUCCAUGUUUACCACACACAUGCUGCCUCCAUGUAAACCCAGCACACAAUUGGUGUCAAAGCAAAAUACAGUCAAAAUGAGGAUUUCAUGUCAUUCAUCAUCUGAAGAAAAAUUGUUUUGUAUUUUAUAUCCCUGUCAAUUAUGGUUUGAUGUUAAAUAAUAUAUCAAGCUAAAAUAUUGAAAAUCCCUUCUCAUUAUCAGCAGGCUGAUGCUGAAUGAAUUUGAUUGUAUUAAUUAUUAAAAUGAGUUGAAAAGUCAUUAA